CCUUCUUAUAGGGAUGCUCACCAGGAAACAAAGUGAAAGGAACAGAUCUACCUUCUAUUAGAUCUAUAGCAGCCAUGUUAGAGGGAUACAUUACCCCUCUAUUGAUGUCCUACAUUGAUAAGUUCAUCAAAAACAUCAAACCAUCUGAUCUACAAGUCUCAUUCUGGGGAGGAGAUGCUGUCCUUCGCAAUCUGGAGCUUCGAUUAGACGUCUUAGAAAAGGAACUCAAUGGAUUUCCUGUCGAGAUCCAAAGCGGAAAGAUUCGCGAGAUGUCAAUUCAUCUUCCAUGGAAUGCCAUCGCUUCCACGUCUGUUGAAAUCACUAUCCAAGAUCUGGAGCUAGUCAUCAAAAUGAAGAGUAUGCGUUCCAAAUCGAAGAAGGAGAAACCUUCACCGACAAAAACUGCGGAUACUGACAACCCUGUUCCUUUGAAGAAAUCUAUCAGUUCUGGUGGUCUAACCGACCAACCUGGCUACUUACAGGGCUACCUCACUCGAAUAAUCAACAACGGUAAGAUGCACAUCAAGAGGAUGGUGAUCAAAGUGAUUGAGGAGGAGAGCGAUCUGAUGCUAACAUUCAACAUAGGCUCUUUAGAGGGCUACACAACAGACGAGAAUUGGGAGAAAACCUACGUCUACACUGAUUACUUUAAAGACAAUUUCUCGUUGUACAAAGAAUGUGUUAUAAGUGACAUGACCGUUAAUCUGCAUCCUAUUGAGGGUUUAGGUGAUGCUCCAAGCAAGACAACCUCUCACGAACCAUUUGUGCAACGUUGCUCUUUUACUGGCAGAAUGAAGUUAGACUACAGAGGUAACAUGUUCGUCAAGAAGUCUGUUGAAGUUUUAUUCGAUGCUGUCGAGUUUCAAGUCAAUGAGAAUCAGUUUUGUCUUUUUAUGCACAUUCUGGACUGGUUGCUUGCUGCCUACUACUCCACAAAACGUCUCAAGGGGGACACUCCUGACAGUCCCCUUCAAUUGGAACCACCCCCUACCAGCACACCACCCUCUUCAGAGCCCCCGGUCGACAGUCAAACAGUGGACUCUACAUCUAAAUCUGGGGAAACAGAACAACCAAUGUCCCCCUCGUCAAAAGGAUGGAGUUCUUGGAUGUUCUCAUUUGUAUCAUCAGAAGAGGAGAAUAAUGGAAGCCAAGGAGAGACAGCCUCAAUAACUAAGAGCAAACACAUUGUGCCUAGUUCCACUUACGCCAUGUCUGCCAAUACAGUAUCUGUCACGAUGAAUGUUACUCACAAAGUCCAAGUGCCAAUCUUUUACUCAAUGCGAUCGUUCACCUCUCCUGUCCUUCAUCUCCACUUUACUGGAUGCACCAACAAACUGGAGAGUGUCCCACAGAACAAACUGUUCCUCUACACACUGGGAAUCAUGUCGGUUGAGGCCAGCAUCACUGGACUGUGUCCCUGUGUCAAGAAAUUCCCCUCCUCUUGGCGAAGAACCAGCACUGCCAGCAUUGCAGAGACCAAUGAAAAGAUCCCAAUUUUUUCAUCUGGAGAGCACCCCCUGGAUUCAAGCACUCUCUCCGAGGAGCUCCUCAGGGGGUCCUUGUUUGACCCCACCCACAGCAACUCAGCCACCAUCGACUUGCCCCCUGUCACCAAAGAAGAGCUGGCUCGUGUUGGCGAAGCCUUCCAGUCCUUAUGGAUCUCGUACCUCUAUUUCGAUGUGAGCGCUUCUCGAGUGAUGGAGGAGUGUUUUGAGAGGGUGGCAGUGGGGAGGUCAAAGAUGGCCGUGAGUCCUGACGUGGUGCAUCGUCUACAGCAUUUCUGGACUGCUUACUCUCAAUGUAUGGAGGCCAAACCAUCCUCCUCUAAAGGCAAGGUGGUUCGUGGAGAUCCUAACGCAGUAACUAAUUUUGACAUUGAGUUUGCUGGUGGUCACAUGAUCUUCACACCAAACGCUCAUUUUAUUCCAACCUCACUGCCCGACCAAUCUAAGCACAAGAGCCCAAAGCACCAUCGCAAACAGCAACCAACUCUGCCAGCACUCUGUACCACUUGCGACAAACUGAACAUUGCAAUUCUCCAGCCCAUGUACAGUCGAAAUGCUUCCCCUGACACGCCACAGAAAGUCCACACCGAGAUACAGCAUGACUGUAUAGCCGCUGGUGUUGUCAUGGUAAAGUCUCUCAGUGAUGUGCUCAAGGAAGUCUCGUGUGAUGCUGAUGUGGUGUUGAAGCAGCCAAAGAGUUUUCUCCAUUUUGGGAAAUGUAUGGAUCUUCCAAAAUUUACGUCGGAGUAUGAUUCUACGAAUAUAGGAGAUAACAGUUUAACGACUUCAACCUGGGAUCUGUGUUUUAACGAGGCUACAUGUGUUGGAACUCUCAAGCAGCUGGAUCACUUCCUCUCCAUCUCAAGUGCCUGGUUUCUGGGGGAGCCCCUCUCGUCAAGAGCAGAGAUUAUGUUCCCAUCCAAGCAGCCUCUACCAUUGAACAUGCAACUACACGGAGUUAUGAGAGAUUUGGUUUUUACACGAUCAUUUUGUGACAACUAUUAUUCUAUGUCCGUUGUUUUGUCUGAGGCUAGUGUAGCUAUCUUGAAGGAGGGACUGAAGAUCCCUGUGUUUCAUGGACCACUGAACACUUGUGAUUGGAACACCAUUGAUAGCUAUACUAAGGAAACGCUGGCACAAAAUGACAGUGAAGAGGGAGGCAAGGACAAACUUGUGGAGUUUUUCAUGGCUACUCCUUAUGACAAGUUGAAAGAUGAGAUCUUUCCGGUUGUUAAGCUCGAGAUGUCUGGAUGUGCCAUGUCUCUGGAACCUUCUCUCGUCGAUUAUAUGAAAUUCCUCCCACUGAAUUCACUCCAUGUUCAGGCGGCUACUCCACCCAUUGAGUCUCACACAACGGACAUAGACCCCUCACCGUCCACACCUCACACACUCACAUCUAUCAGCUCUGUGGAAUCAGCGGUCAAAGUACAGGAACCAGAAAUGUGGUCUAUGUUAAAGAAAUAUGAAGUCAUGGUCAAAACCAGUCCUAUUCUGAUGGUUCUCCCGAGUCGAGAGUCGACCUCACCACCCAGUGACCCAUCUUCAUUCCCUCUCCUCCCUGCCCUAGCCAAGCAAGUGGGCGGAGGCCAUCCUAACAAACCUAACUCUGCCCUCCUCAUCUCCCUACCGAGCAUGCUCCUGGAGUCAGCCAGAGGUGGAGCCAUUGCCGGAGUGGUGGAAAGGGAUGGACGACCAGACUCUCUCCCCUGGGACUGUGGGCUAGCUAGUCUCGCUGUAUUCACAGUGAUGAAUGAGCAAUCUCAUUACCUGUUGGAGCCUCUCGCUGUAAAGGCCACCCUCGCCCCUCAACAGGAGGGGUCUGGCAUAACAGUACACAGUAAUACUGUCACCAUGGCAUUAUCAAAAGAACAGGUGGAGCUGAUGUGUGGAAGAUUAGCAGACGUUGCAGAGCUGGCAAAUACCCUCACUCACUCUUUUGCCGCCUCAGAGAAAGCUGAUGAAGCUAGGGAUGAAGAUUCUGUAUCAGGAAGUCUCGUUGAUGGCCAGGCCCCCUCACACCUCUCAUCACCCGCCCAGUCUACACUCACACGCUCCACCACCCUCCCAACAGGCUCUGACGUGAGCACUGUCUCGUCAUUUCUCAUCUAUCAAGGUCUCUCUUCGCUAUGGAUACAGGUCAUAAUACCGAAGCUUGUUUUGAAUCUAUACGCCUGGGACCACAGUGGUACCAAGCAGACGUCCGACAAAGAGUCUCUUAAAAGUCUUUUAAAUGAGAAAAAUGGGACGCUUGUCAAGCUAUCUAUUGAGAUUGAUGGGACAUCUUUACAGGUCGAUAUUCAAGAGAAGUGUACAGACAUUGUCUUUAAGUUGGCUGCCAUGGAGUCCUCCCUUUAUCAGAAGAACGACUCACUGACAAAUAAUGACACAACUACGUUUCUCCCUGACAACCAAUGGAUACCUCGAAUCACCUCUUCUAACGGCAAAAUCUUCUCCUCUUUAUCCUCUGUGCUUCCCGAGAGCCUCUCUCAAGAAACAGCAGCAACCUCUCCCACAAUACUGUUGCCCAGCCAACAACACUUGAGUCCCUCCUCAUCACAAUCUAACUUUGUCCUAGUGACCAUCAAACUGCCCCAGGGCUUGCCUCACAAAGUGGUGAAACUCUCCUGCAAUGUGCGACCAUUUGAAGUAUGUGCUUGGUUACCUGUUCUCCAGUAUGUCCUAGACAUUGGCAGUCCAGUCAUGGCAACCAAGACCAGGAAAAAGCAGCCCAGUGAUAAAAAGGACUCCUCUUCCCUCCCCCUCUCAUUGUGGCCAGCACUAGAUGUACAUUUGGAGAACUUUCGCCUGGUCAUUCCUGACAGCAGUUACACCAACACCCUCCUCCUCAACACAUCCUCUCUCCACAUCACCUCCGCUCUAGACUUCACAAGUCCUGACGUGAGGUUUGUGACUGAUCCCAGUACCUUCGGGAAACUGGCUCGACUCUCCCAGGAGAAGCAGCUGCCUCCAUUGCCCCUCUAUCAGCUAGACCUCAUCGGAGUGGGUCUAGAGGCACUUGUCCAGAAAGAUAGUAGUGUAAGGUCGUUCUUGUGUACCUCGACUGCUGACUUAAGGGUGGUGUACACCCCACCACUCUGUCUAACUCCGUCCACUCGGCAUAAGGAGGUGGUCCAGGCCACUGGGCAUAGCCUGGAACUGAAUGUCAUCACUGACGCCACACUGUUUGUGGGAUAUGAUCAGGUUAAGUGUGCUUCUGAUAUUUUCAAGACCAAUAAUCCCUUUCAUGCUCAAGCUAAGGACACCACCUCUCCCAAUCAGCCAGCUGUUGCCAAUAGCAAAGACAAAGAGUCGUCAUCACUAUUCGCUGAGUUCCCACCCCUCAAGGUUUUACUCACUGGAAAGACUGUCUGCAUAUCUAUGCUCAAGCAUGCAACAUCACCCAAUCAGCCUGAAACUCAAUGCAGACUGGUCACCCCUUUUGUGCAUGCCAUCGCAUACAACCCAUUUUGUACACUGCAAGUCCACCGUGGGUGCAUUGAGACUGAGCUAUCCUGUUUCAACAUGGCCGCCCUAUACUCGGAACAGCCAACACCUAUAGCUUAUUCAGAUCUCACAUCUGCUGACUCAGUGAGUUCACUACUGGAGUCCAGAUUAUUUACCACCGCUAGAGGCCAGUCUGUGGGUGGUCUGCCCCCCACCCUCCUCUCUGUCAGCUGCUCACUGGGGGAGGGCGGGAAUCUCUCUGUGGAUAUUAGACGUCCUGUCAAACUCUCUCUGACACCUGGAUUUAUUGAGAGGAGUGUUGAGUUUGCUUGUGAGCUGGAAGAGAUCAUCGUACCCCUACUGAAUGGUGCCAGUGAUAAAGUGAAAAAUAAAAAGUCACCAAAUGACAAUGAAACACCUCAGAAGAGUGAUGAGAACAUUUCUAACGCAUCAGAAAAUAAAACGACUACCUCAAGCCUCUCUAAAGUCUUAAAUUCUGAAGUAUGUAUCUCAACUUCUCAAAUGGUUUUCGAACUCAAACUUUCGACUUUUUCAAAAGCUCGUUCAAUCAGUCGGGAGCAAAGUGUGGUCUCGGAAGACUCUGUACCACAGAUGCAAGAGGACACGACUACCAGUGACCCCUACACACACCCCUCCUUGAAGGAAGGCCUGUUAGCUAGCUGGGAGGGUAUUGCAAUCACCAUACCAUCAAAAGGACAGACCGGCAAUCUCCAAGUCAACGGAAUGCAGCUACUCUCUGUGUGUGCUGGUGUCUCCAGCUUCAUUGUUGCUCCUGUACAUUUGCAGUGUGCCCUUAAGCAACACCUCUACACACACGACCUAUCUCAGUUAUCAUUUGAGAUCAGUUGUGGCCUCCUGGAAAUGUUUGUGAGUCAAGCCAGUGUGAGCACCAUUCUAACAGCCACGUCGCUGCUGUCUGAAGUGACCAAGCCAUUGGUGUCGAGGUUUGCCUCUACUAGUUCGUCCUCAAAGCCUCGUCAUCGGCGCAAAGAAAUUAAGAGCUCUAACAAAGAUGUGGUGUCGUUCUGUGAUGACUUGAGAUGUGGAGACUUCAAGUACACCAUUGAUGUUGAAUCAGAGGUUCCUCGAAUGCCAGUUGCCGGAGAGAUAGUGUUCCACCUGGGGGAUUCCUCUCCUAUGAUGACGUGGUGUUACCAAGAGCCUAGAGCACUCACACACAUGACAGUCCUUCCUUUGCCCUUCAGCGUCACCAGUAACACGCCCAUCAAGGUGAGGUGCUGUCUGCAAUACUGGCGUGCAGAGGAGCAUUGUUUCUCAACAUUGACCUCCUUCCACAUCUCUGAGACCACUCCCUCUGAGCUGACCUUCCAUGACCUCACCAAUACGUCUGUUGACAGUUGCCCAUCUGCCAGGGUGUGGAGGGUGGUUGUCAAGAGUGUAGUGGGCGGAGACGAAGAUGAAGUCUUCCAUUCAAAGGCAGAGAUAUUGGACGAUGCUGGCUCCCCCCUCCCCCUCACAGCUGUCCUUUCCCCCGUCUCCCUGGCUGCCAAUCUCCGAGUCAACUCCAUCUUCUCUCCCUCAUUCAUACCGUCUCUCACCCUCUCUUUCAGCUGCAAAGAGUUCACCGGGACCCUACUCCAUCACAACCCAGUCGAGGGGCCUGUCUUAUUCGAGGAGUAUAGAGUUGCAAUUGGUUGUGGCUCGCAAGAGUUGCUGAGGGUGAGCGUGAAGGAUGGCAUCAUGGUAACCAACCAGGAGAGGGGUGGAGACAUCAGCCUCAAGAUUGAUGGAGUUCUUUCGAUGGAGUAUGUGGACUUCGGUGAUUUAGUCUGGCGCACCACUGCCUAUCCAACCAAGCUAUCUGGUUCAGUCAAGUACAGCCAAAAUAUUGAAACUAGUUUAGACGCUCCUCCAGAUGCCAAGUCUUUGUCCGUUAGUCUGGCAUUCAGCCCCGCCAUACUGAGACUGAGUCAAGGUCUAGUGCACACCUCCAGUUUGGCAGCUCAUGUUUGGCUCAACAGCGGUCUGGCCGGGAUGACAGGAAGUGGGUGUAACCAUACUGAUCCAGUGUCUCUACUAUUAAACCAUUACAUCAUUUGCAACGACACUAUGGAAGACCUCCACAUCAGACAAUUUUCAACUGAUGAGGACAGAGUUAUUUGCAAUGGAGAGUGUACUGGCUACAGUUGGAGGAGUCAUGUGAUCAGUCCUCGACAACUACAGCUGUGUGUGGUGAUGGAUGAGGUGCAGCGAUGGACGGAACCAUUCUCUGUGUGUGGUCCUGGAGUGCAUAGUCUGGAGCUGGAUGUGGGGGGUCAUACUGCUGCUGUGUUCGUGAGAGUCACCCAGCUGGGAGGCUUGCAAAAACAGGUGACCUUGUUUGGCAGUUGGAAGCUGUUCUCAACUCUCCCCUUCCCCAUUCAAGUUAAGCUCUGCUCCAGCCAUCCAGACAACGAGUACAAACAAGGAGCCUUACAGCACAAGGUUCUCGCACUGGAUCAAGACGGUAGUCUGCCCUCUAUUGUGGGCACUGAAGCUGAAGUAGAUGGUGUCAUGUUCAGAACUAUGGAUGAGGGGAGUUGGUCGAAAGUGUACCCUAUGACUUGUGGUCAAAAUUGCAAUAGACCACAACUGCUAGUGGAGUUUCCCUAUGGUGAUGGAUCUUUUGGUUACUGCUGGUACAAUAUUAAACCCAUUGACUAUUGGAACAAUAAGCCAUGGGGAAGCAAGAUUUCUCUUUCACCUCUGUUUGCUGUCAGAAACCUCUCCCCAUUUGACCUCACUUUGACAAUGAAUAGCAGCCAAUCUGCGCCUGCACACACCCCCACUCCUGAGCCACACUCUGAAACAUUGGCUCUCGGCAAAGGGAGAAAUAUUACCCUAUCACUCACGUACGGUGCUGACGUCGUUUACAACUUAACGUUCAAAGCAAGUGAAUCACCUGAGUCCUCGUCCCCUCCACUGGUCCUCUCCACACAUCUGCUACACGAUCUCCCAUUCAUAGACUCUGCCGAUAACUCCGGCCCACCCCCUACAUAUCUCUCCGCCCCACUGGGCACUAGCGGUGACUUCUGCACACUUCAAGCUUCGUUUGAGCGUAAUCAUCUUAACACCAUCACUGUAGUCCUGAGGCCCAAGGCACAGCUCACAAACUGUACUCCUUGCUCAGUGAAGGUGAUGGGUGUAGUUACUGGGGGAGAGGAAGAAACGACGAGCAACAACUACGAAGUGGCUCCACAGGAAGAGAUGGUGCUCAUUAAUAAAGAGUUUGUGUUAAGUGUGGAUUUAAAUGGAGUUCCACUGUGCUCAAAGCCCAUUGCCUUGAUGUCUCUCACCAAAGUGCAAGGCUCUAAGGAGAUUGACCAGAAGCUUCUCCACCUUACUGAAGUAUGCAGUGACUCAAAAGAAAAGAUGGCUGCACAAUUCCUUCUCACAACUGAAUCUCAAAACCCGACCACUGAGAGCACUAUCAGGCCUGCCUAUGUACUACACAACAAAACUAAGAACUCACUGUGGACCAAACCGAUCAUGAUUGCUGGGAAAGUGAACCAAGAACUACUCACAAACUUACACAAGAACACGUGUCACCACUCUUUCCAAGUGAAGCAAGGCGAAUCUGAACCGAUCGUAUUUUGGAACAGUAUCAAUUCACAACGUAAAGACCAAGGGGCACUCACACAAGUCGUGUGUUUGACAGCUGCAGAGAACAAAGCCUUGAUUACCUCCUCAUCCAUUUUUCUCUCUCCAAAGUUUGUCCGCCAUUCUUUUUCCCUACCCACCAUCAAUGAGACCACUCUCUCCUACCGACCCCAUCUCCUCACCAGACAUGAGGCCAAUGGAAUCACUUACCUCGUUGUAUCAGAAGAUCCUUCACCACGGUUCUACUUUCAAAACAUGUGUGCCACGGACUUAGAAGUUGUAGAGUAUGGUACUGCAGGUGUGAAUGCUUAUCCCCAGUCGAUACCCUCAGGCUGUGAGGUUGUGUAUGAACCACCAUCAAUUGCUAAACUAUACCCCCUUGUGUUUGAUGCCGAGAGUACAAGUGACCAGGAAAAAGAGCUCAAGGAAAAAGCCGACAAAGCUAUGCUAAAAAUGAGACAAAAAUCAUUCGGAGAAGAACCAUUCGCAUGGAGCAAGCCAUUUCCACUUAAUUCGGCUGAAGAGAAAGUUGUUUCGAUUCCUAACGUGGACAUUGUGUUUAUUUCGACUGACAAGAGAGGAUGUACCACUACAAUGACUAUUAUACCCACGACCAAUGCACCCCUGUCCAAUAUGGAUCUCCCUAGUGAUCAAAAGGUGCCAGUCUCGAUUGAUAUGAAGCUCACAUUAGAACAGAUAGUUGUUUGUAUUGAUGAUGAAGUUACUGACCAGUCCGCAAUCAAAGAACUUGUACGAAUGUACGGUGAUGAUAUCAAGAUGUGUUACACUAUGUCUCAUAGGAAAAACACACAGAUUGAACUGUCUAUGCUGUCGUGUCAGAUUGACAAUGUGUACGAGAAGACAUCGCCCGAGUACGCUGUAGCGAUGAUUUCACGGUGUGAGCAUGUACGAAGAAGAUCACUGAUCCAGACAGAGUUCCCACCAGUAGCUAGGCUGCAAAUCAACUUCAACCCAUGUUCGAUGAGAUUGAUAGACAAAUUGCAAGUCUCCACUCAGCCGGUAACGAUUCAACUUGAAGACAGCCUUCUACAACACAUGAAGGAUUUGAUUUUCACUUACAUACCUCCGGGAAUUCUUUUCCUAUCUUCAAAAGAUCAACAAACCGAUUCAAGCACACAAACUACACCCACCAUUGUUCUGCAAGAAGCUGAUAGAGACGUUUCUCCAUUAUUCAUAGCAAACUUGAUAAUUGAGCCGACCUCCUUUUUCCUGAGUGCAAGUAUCACACUGAAAAUAUUCCUCUCUUGUAACGACACUCCUUUCAGUUUCUCUGAAUUUCAUUUGCACAACAUCUACUCAAACUCAUCUGAAGUUCUACAACUCAUCGGAGCUCGAUAUGCGUCUAGUGCGUUCAUGAAUGCUGCCUGGAUGCUAGGUUCUCUGGAAAUUAUCGGCAGCCCUGGGACCCUGAUACAGAGCAUUGGAAGAGGACUCAGAGAUCUGGUUAUUUUGCCAUACCAAGGGCUCUCUCACAGUCCAGGCAUGUUUGUGUUGGGACUGGGACAAGGGACGGCCUCUUUUCUUCAGAACUGCUCCUCGGGUGCACUAUCGUCUGUCACCAAUCUCGCUUCAAGUAUUUCAAGGAACAUGGAACAGUUAUCGAUGGACCCAGAUCAUGCUUCAUACCAAAAGCAGAUUCGACGGCAAGCCUCUGUUCCGAAAUUUUCAUCUGGAGUGAGGUCUGGAGUAUCGAGUUUUGGACUUAGUCUUAUUAGUGCUGUGGCUGGUAUUGUGGACCAACCAAUGCAGAGUUUUCAGCGAAUUGAGGAUGAUUCAAGCACACUAGGAGCAACGAAGAGUAUUUUUGCCGGAGUUGGUAAAGGAAUUCUAGGUGUGGUUACAAAGCCGAUGGGUGGAGCCAUGGAGCUGGUGUCUAAGACUGGACAGGGGAUUAUGCACGGGACUGGUCUUGCAAAAAGCCUCAGUCACAGGGAGGUAGCCGAGAAGGUUGUGGGGAUUGGACCCAUCUGCAAGCAAGAGCUACCGACGACACUCAUCAAAUGUGUGAGGAGACUUGAUGAGAGUUACGUCCUUUGUACCAUACCCAUUACCCGUGUGCUAAAAAAUUCAACAUUGACUCAGGGAUACACCCUCAUCAUGACCCCCAAUAAGCUGCACUUCCUCGAUAUCCAAUCUGAUACCAUUCAGCAGAACAUUCCAAUCGCAGACACUGAUGUUGUCACAGACGUUCAUUCAAGCCAAGAGGGAUAUGUCGAGCUACAUUUCAAGCACUGUACACACCAAAUGCAAACAGAUUCUGCAGACCGUUUCCAUCCUGUUGAACACUACUUAAACCUCCCACAAGCUGUGCCGUUUCCAAUGGAACAAGAUUUUGUUGAUAGCUCAGUCUCUAAACAACAACACGCAGAGAACAUUAACAAUGAGAGCAAUAACAAUGAGAGUGACAUUUUGUACGUUACUACUGAACACAAUUCAGAACAGUUUUUGUCUAUUUAUCAUCAUGUUAGGCAGGAACAACUAGACCAAGGCUCUAGUUUCUUUCUUUUGUGACACCAUCGCGUAUUAGCUCAUGUUAUUAUUUAUUACUGAAUGCUGGAAAUGUUCUAUUUUCCCGAAUUUAAAAUACUAAUCCUUUGGCUCUGAAACACAAAA